CCUGGGGAGCUGCCUGCCAGGUUCAGCCCCAGCCCACAUCCUUGGCCUGGCCCUGCCUUCCUUGGGAGCCACCACGCUGGCAUCACCCCACAGUGAUGCCCUUACCCGGGGCACAGGGUGGGUGACCACGACCCAUGAAUUUGCAUCCCAACACGGCUGUGCACAGGGCUCAUGGCGCUGCAGGGGCCAACCGUUCUGCCCAGGGCCCAUGGUGCUGCUGGUGCUAAGCCCGAGCCCCCUCUUCCCCCCCAGCCAGCAGCAGCCGAGGCUGGGGGCCAGGGGCACGUGCUGACCUUGAGGGAUGGGAAGCCUGCCCAGCCGGGAGAAGCCACUCAGCAGCCCACCAGUGGCUGCCGACACCACACAGCCCCCCUUGCCCACGCAGGCAGCCCCCAGUGGCUUCCUGGCCCUGGCCCUCUGCGACUUCCCCUCUGGUGUGGGCACGGCUGCUGUCCUGAGGAUGGGGGAGCAGCUCCGUGUCCUCUCUGAGGACGGGGAGUGGUGGCUGGUGGCAUCUGAGGUGUCUGGCAAGGAGUGCCGUGUCCCCAGCAGCUGUGUGGCCAAGGUCAGGCACAGGUGGCUCUACGAGGGCAUCAGCCGGCAGAAGGCAGAGGAGCUGCUGCUCCGGCCCGGCAACCAUAGCGGGUCCUUCCUGAUACGGGAGAGCCAGACCAGGCGAGGCUGCUACUCGCUGUCGGUGCGCCGCAGUGAGCAUGCCUCCUGGGACUCAGUGACGCACUACCGCAUCCAUCGCCUGGAGAAUGGCUGGCUCUACAUCUCGCCCAGGCUCACCUUCCCCAGGCUGCACGACCUGGUGGACCACUACUCCGAGUUCGGAGACGGGCUGUGCUGCACCCUCAGGGAGCCCUGUUCCACAGAAGGCGCAAGGGUGGCCCCCAUCCCAGCCCUGCCUGCUGUUGUGAAGAAGCCAUCACUCAACUGGGACAAGAUCGACAGCUCCCUCCUGUUCUCAGAUGCUGCGUCCCCACCAGAGGAGGACUCUCCCAUCAGCCUGGGCCUGAGGGAAGCCAUCAGCUCCUACCUCCUCCUGACAGAGACAGCCGCUCCCAAGCAGGGCCCUGUGGGGAAGGGGGCAAAGAGCAGCUGAGGGCAGGGCCCCGCUUCACCACAGCCCUGCA